AUGGGACUUAGCGUAAUUUUCGGAUUGACACUUUUGUUACUUUUUGGGUGCUGGUUACAUUCAGUGUCCAAAAAAAGAAAAGUUAUCAAGCAACAAAAGAUAAAUUUUGAGAGAAAUGGUGGCUUGUUGCUUCAACAACAAAUGUCUUCAGAUGAAGGAGUUGUAGAAAGGAUAAAAAUCUUCACAAUCAAUGAGCUAGAAAAAUCCACUGACCACUUCAAUGAAGAUAGAAUACUUGGACAAGGAGGUCAUGGUACAGUUUAUAAAGGAAUGUUGAGUGAAGGAAGAAAUGUAGCCAUAAAGAAGUCUAAUAAAUUGGAAGAAAGCCAACGAGAAGAAUUCAUCAAUGAAGUGGUUAUUAUGUCACAAAUUAAUCAUCUAAACAUAUUGAAGUUGUUGGGAUGUUGUUUGGAGACCGACGUACCAUUAUUAGUAUACGAGUUUAUUCCCAACGGAACGCUUUACCAUCAUAUUCAUAAUCCAAAUGAAGAGUUUCCAAUCACUUGGAAAAUGAGGUUACACAUUGCUUCUGAUUCAGCUGGAGCACUUGCUUAUUUGCAUUCCUCAACUUCUACUCUCAUCUUUCAUAGGGAUGUUAAGUCUUCAAACAUACUUUUGUACGAUAAGUAUAGAGCAAAGUUAGCAGAUUUCGGGUUUUCAAGAUCUGUGGCUAUUGAUCAAACCCGUGUGGUUACUCAUGUCAUGGGAACGCCUGGUUACUUGGAUCCAGAGUACUUUCAAUCUCACCAAUAUACGGAAAAGAGUGAUGUUUAUAGCUUUGGUGUUGUCCUUGUUGAACUAUUGAUAGGACAAAAGGCAGUACGUGCUGCAUUCGAAGAGGAUCGAAGUUUGAUUUCAUGGUUCCUUUCGCAUUUGGAAAACUCUUCUGUGCUUAAUAUCAUAGAUUCUCAAGUCCUACUAGAAGGCUCAGAGGAAGAGUUUUUAGCCAUUGCUAACCUUGCAAAACAAUGUUUAAUCUUGGAUGGAAAGAGAAGACCGACCAUGAAAGAAAUUUGGUUAGAGAUAAAUAGGAUUUUGUCUCUACAUGUGCCACAUAUAAAUGAUCUUAACAAGCCAAAACCUGAACAAGUGUUUGUUAGAGUGAGCAAGAGUGCGAACUCAAGCACAUUUUCAUUAGAAAGUAGAGUAUUAGAUUCUGCCGAAUUGUCUCUAUUGUUCAAUCCUAGAUGAUUUACAUUUCCUUUGCCUUUGAUAGGGUGAUUACUCUUGAACUUUUUAUGACUAUUAAUAAAUGUAUAUAUA